AUGUGGGGUGGAGGGGAGGCGUGCGAAGAAAUUACACAACGCAGCGCGGAUGGCGCGUUUGGCUCGCGCACGCCGGUCCCAGACGCCGCUUUCAUGGAGACCGGCGCGAUGAACGAGCGCCAUCACGUGACUGACUGCACGGAGGUGUCACAUGGUGCGAUCAUGGGGUUGGACAAUGAUGCUGAUCAUCUGCCUGCGGUGCGUGGUAGUCCCGCCGUGUGGGCGCAGCAGAGAGAGCUGGACUGCAUUGAGAUGGUCAUGCUCGGCGCCCAGUCGCCAGCUGCGCGAAUUCCACCUGCGCUCGCGGGCGCAGGAGCGCGGAGCGCUGUUCUCGAGGCGCCAUGGGCGCAUGAGGCGGUGAGCAGAAGGUCCACAGAAGAAAUAGUGCGGAAAGGGAGACACGACGGCGAAGUCUUCGCCGCACAGAUCAGCGUCUCCGACGAGCUGACCGGCAGGGACGGGAACCGCCGGCCGGCUCGACUUCCCGCCGGCUCGGCGGACGCCGCAGCGACGGCCGGGCUGGAGGCUCUCGUUGAACGCUGCCAAUGGCGCCCGCACCAACCGGAUCCGCGCUCCACCCGCGGGGGGAGGGAGAAAUGGGUGAACCCCGGCGAACUGCGGCCGUAUGAUGAGGACACGCGGCCUUCCGCAGGACUGGCUGCCAGUGGCGCCGCAGCAAUCGGAAAGCGCAGCGCAGCUGUGAGUAGUAAUGCGGGGCAGAUGGCGGCGGUGCGCGAAUACUCUGCCAAUGCGGCUGCAGCCGGUACUACCGCCGCAUCUCCAAUGCGCGAGGCGUGCGCUGCGCCCCAGGCGGCGAGCGGUACGAUAUCAGCACACCGGCGGUUGCGUCUUGAAGCGUUGCAGUUGGAGGGAAAGCUCGAUCUGAACGCCGGCGUGCCGCUUACUCACCCGCAACACGCAGCCCUCGAUGCGGCCGUGGUAAGAGAGGCGGGUGCGGGAGCCGCCAGUCUGGAGGCGCUGGGACGAGCUCCGCACGCUAUGGGCGAGGGCGGCUUGGCGCGGUGGUACGACAAUGCCGGCCUGUGCACGCCCAUGCAGCAGCUUCCGGAGCACGGCGUGUUGAUUCCGCGCGGCACGCGCGGCACAGGGACUACCGGGACCACUGCUACUGGUGAUAUGCCUCUCACUACUGAUUGCUUCAUCCCAGCAAGCCCGAGAAGCCUUCCCGCCAUGUUACUGGUGCCCGCCCGUGCUGGUGCGCCACGUGGCGCCCUGACUGGCGAGUUCUCUGUCCCGGGGGGCAGCACGACCAGCAACAGCAGCAGCAACAGCAGCAGCAGCUGCAGCAGCAGCAACAGCAGCAGCAGGAGCAGGCACGACGGAGGACGGUUUGGCAGCCUAGUUCGAACCGCCCCUAUAGCCGUGCACGCGGCUCUUUCCAGUCUCAGCACGCACUUGAACUUUGCUCCUAGCCUCCAUGAUCCGAAGCACGUGGGUGCAACGGUAGGGGCGGCUGGUUCGGUGGACGCAGAUGAGGGCGGCGGGGGAGCAUGGGAUGACGCGCACCCACACGCCGUGCAAGAAGCACGCACAGGUGUGCAGGGCAAGGCGGGUACCAUUUCCAGAGACCUCGCGCACGAUACAUUCGUCUUUGCUGCUCCGCCACCGCGUGCACAGCAUCCCGUGUCGCAGAGUAAUCUCCCAGUUCAACCCCGCACCAGCUUCACGGCAGCGCCUCAGAAGGAUCCUCCCCCAUCGUUCUCGUGGACGCCUGCAACCAUCGCACUCCCACCUGCUGCACAUCCCACCACACCCGCCGACGGCCCUGUCUUUCCACCUCCUUCGCCCCGCUCUCCGCGCCCCUCCGCUGCCUCCCCUGCCACUGCGUCCCUCGCUCACAGCCCGCGCUCUCCCUCAGGCUCGGCAGGCAUGGGCAAUCCAACGGCUCGUUCCAGGCUGCGCUUCACUUCCCGCUCCCUGCCACGCCCUGCCUCUGGGGGAGGGGGCAGCACGAGUGUGCUCCACAGCAUGCACAGCAGCUAUGGCAGCGACUUGGCGUCGGGCCAUGUGCACGCGCUCAGCUCCCCACUGCAUGCGUCUGUGGACGCUUCUCUGCCCUCUCUGCCGCGUCCCUCCCUUGACCUCGCCGCCCCUGCUCUCUCACCUCGCCUCCCUUCCCUUCCAUCACUCCCCCGUCCACUCACAUUCUCGCCUGGGUCUUGGGAUGAUGCAGCGGGCCCUCUAGACAGCCAUGAGCACGCCACCACUGCACGCGUGGCUGGCACGGUGCCUGCUACUGCCGAUGCGUCUCUGCUUGCCAAGCGCCGCAGAGUGUCCCCUGAGCCACGCGACCGCGCACCACGUGCUUCCUCGCUGCAGCAACAUGCACCUGCUCACCUGACUCCCCAUGCCGCUGCAUUCCCAGGGAGGGCCUUUCAUCGCUCCUGCAGUACACCUGUUUUCUCCACUGCCUGCGUUCCCUCUGCUGCACCACCGUCCCCAUCGCUUCAUCCCUCACCUCUGCGUGCCCCAGCUGCAGCAGCAGCAAGCCUUAGCGGCGGCGUUUUUGGCUCUGACGAGAAAUGUGCUGACCUCUGCCUGACUGCAGCGCCCUUCCAGGGCGUGCAAGGUGCAGGAUCUAGAGGGGAAACGCAGCAGAUGAGCGGCGUGUUUGUGCGCGCUGUAGAGUCCAUGGGGGCGGAGGCAGAGCAUAGGGCGAGGGCCACUAUAGGGGGACUGAGCAUGGAGAUGCGCAGAGGAGGGAGGGGUGCAGGCGCAGGAGCAGUGGAGGGCGUUGUGACACAGCUGCAAGCAGAUGACACGCACUCCAGGCUCUCCAUUGCUGAGCAGCUGGUGCAGUUCCACAGUGAGCCAAGCAACGAUGCACGCUCUACCAUGGUAGCACCGGGCCUGCCUCAUUUGCAGGCAGCCAUGUCUAGGGCCGCAAAUGCAGGAGAAGCAUCAGCGGUAGGAACCUCAGCAGGCACACAAACAGAUAACACCUUUGACAUUUUUGGCCCUGCUGGCAACACGGCAAACUAG